UGCGCGGCGGGCGGUGAGGCGGCACCGCCAUGGACACGUCGGGGCACUUCCACGAUUCGGGCGUGGGGGAUCUGGAGGAAGACCCCCGGUGCCCGUGCCCGUCGUCGGGGGACGAGCGGCCGCCGCCGCCGCCGCCGCCCGCCGCGCUGCCGCCGCUCCAGCACAGCCUGUUGCACUCCUCGCCCGGGUCGCUGCGGGCCCCUCCUCCCGCCGCCCCCGCCGCCCUCCACCCUUCCUCCCGCCACGGCAGCCAGCUCAACCUCAGCGACCACUUGGGCGGCCACUCGCCGGGCUCGGCGGUGCCGUCGGGGGGCAAACACCGGCAGCCCAGCCCCCUGGUGCACCGGCGGGACAGCAACCCCUUCACCGAGAUCGCCAUGAGCUCCUGCAAGUACAGCGGGGGGGUGAUGAAGCCCCUCAGCCGGCUCAGCGCCUCCCGCAGGAACCUCAUCGAGGCCGAACCCGAAGCUCAGCCCUUGCAGCUCUUCGGUGCCGGCGGACCCCCCGAAAUCGUCGUUUCCAGGGAGGACAACCACGCGCCCCCCGCCCGGCCCCCCACCCGGCACGGCCCCCGCGCCGACCGCCCGCCCGCCCGCCCCGCACCCGCCGGCUUUGCCAAAGGGCCCAAACGCAAAGCUCAGAACAUCGGGUACCGUUUGGGCCACCGGCGAGCGCUGUUCGAGAAGAGGAAGCGGCUGAGCGACUACGCGCUCAUCUUCGGAAUGUUCGGCAUCGUCGUCAUGGUCAUCGAGACCGAGCUGUCCUGGGGGCUCUACUCCAAGGACUCCAUGUUCUCCCUGGCCCUGAAAUGCCUUAUCAGCCUCUCCACCGUCAUCCUGCUGGGGCUCAUCAUCGCCUACCACACGCGGGAGGUGCAGCUCUUUGUGAUCGACAACGGUGCCGACGACUGGCGGAUCGCCAUGACGUACGAGCGCAUCCUCUACAUCAGCCUGGAGAUGCUGGUUUGUGCCAUUCACCCCAUCCCUGGGGAGUACAAAUUUUUCUGGACCGCACGCUUGGCGUUCUCCUACACUCCGUCUCGGGCGGAGGCGGACGUGGACAUCAUCCUGUCCAUCCCCAUGUUCCUGAGGCUCUACCUGAUCGCACGCGUCAUGCUGCUGCACAGCAAGCUCUUCACCGACGCCUCGUCGCGCAGCAUCGGAGCCCUCAACAAGAUCAACUUCAACACUCGUUUUGUCAUGAAGACUCUCAUGACCAUCUGCCCCGGGACGGUGCUGCUGGUGUUCAGCAUCUCCCUCUGGAUCAUCGCCGCGUGGACGGUGCGGGUGUGUGAGAGGUGA